AAAAAAGGAAAGGAGACUAAGAGAGACGACUCAUCAUGCAGACAAGAACCAAGAACCUACAAAGUAAAUACGCAAGAAACUAUAUGGAGGUUUCUUAGAAAUUCUCCUUUAACAUUCUUUCGUUAAAAAGCCAAGUUUAACAACACAAAAAAAGCAAGUACUCGACAGCAGUUAUGGAAGAAAGCCGAUUCGAGACGAGCGAGUUACAAGCUUCACUCAUGAUGUCGACUCCUUUAUGGUCCGACUCAUGGAGUUUAUGCAACGUUGCUGAUAGCUCAAGGAGUAUUCAGAUACAGCACAUCGCGGAAACCGUGUACGUUGCUUUCCCGGAGGUGGAGAUAAAUCAACUGGGGAAUCUCGUGGACCUGAAAGUCGCCGGAGAAGACCUCUUCUCUGAAUUUUCAACAUCAUUACCGUCCAAUGAGCCUCCGCCUAUGGUCAACUCUGCAAUACGUGAGCUUUAUGUUUCCUCGGCUCGUUUUGUUGAGUCUCAGAUCACACAAGGACUAGAAAUGGAAGAUAAAAAACAAGUGGUAAUAACCGGAUAUUCAACCGGCGGCACAGUGGCCGCACUCACCGCAUUUUGGCUUCUCUCACAACCUUCACUACCGUCAUUUCCCCUUCUCUGCAUCACCUUCGGCUCUCCUUUGCUAGGGAACCAAUCUCUCUCUUCCUCAAUCUCCCGAUCACAUGUAGCCCAGAACUUCUGCCACGUGGUUUCCAUCCACGACCUCGUUCCAAGAAGAAACGAUGAACAACUUUGGCCCUUUGGAACCUAUCUCUUCUGUUCUGACAACGGAGGUCUCUGCUUAGACAAUGCUGAUUCAGUUCGUAGGAUGUUUCAUAUACUCAACUCAUCCAAAACUCCAAACCUUGAGGAACGUCAAAGGUACGAACAUUACGUAUCCACACUCUCUCACCAGUUUCUCAUAUCAAGAAGCUUUCGUAGUGGGGACAUCUCAGACAAUAGUUACGAAGCUGGUGUCGCAUUAGCCGUGGAAUCUCUUGGAUUCUCUGAUGAUCACCCAAGUGGUGUAUCAGCCAAAGAAUGCAUAGAAACAGCUACAGCAAUAAGUCGUGCUCCAAUUUUGAGAGCGAGUGAGUUAGCUAUUGAGCUUGGUACUGUCUUGCCAUCGAGGCUAGAGAUUCAAUGGUACAAAGACAAUUGCGACGCGAAGCAGCUCAGCUACUACGAUAACUUCAAACAAUACUCAAAUCCCAAGGAGACAAGGGUGAACAUGGCUCGCACAAAGCUAGCUAAGUUUUGGGACAGUGUGUAUAAAAUGGUGGAGAUGAAUGAGUUGCCUUCUGACUUUGAUUUUGAAUUGAAAUGGUUAUUUGCAUCGCAGUUUUACCAGCUCUUAACCGAACCACUGGACAUUUCGUACUUCUACAAGUACAAAUAUUCAAGGACUAGUGGUCACUACAUGGAGGGUGAGAAUAGACCCAAAAGGUAUGUACUGUUUGAUAAGUGGUGGAAAGAAAGAGGAGAGUGUCAUCGAGUGAAGACUGCGAGAACUCGAUAUGCUAGCACUACUCAGGAUACUUGCUUUUGGGCUAAGGUUGAGGAGGCAAAAGAGUGGUUGGAUGAUAUGAGAAGCGAAGGUACCAAUGCGCAGAACAGAGCUUUGUUAUGGGAAAAGAUUACUGGAUUUGAGAUGUAUGCUGAUACAUUGGUGAAGAUGAAGGAUGCUUCAGCUGAUGUUCUUGCGAAAAACUCGAGUUACAAAGUGUUGAUGAAGACGCUGGGAGAGUUCAAAAAGGAUAAUGGAAUUGGAGUGGUUGUUGAUGAGAGUGACACAAUGGAGACUUAGAAGGCUUAGUAGCAAUCUAAUUUAUAAUGAUCUCUAUCGAAUGUUGUUCAUCAUGUUUAUGUAGUACUUUCUGAUGUAUGCUACUAUUCUGAAAUAAUCUUUAACAUAUUUAUGUUCAAUAAGUUUAUGCAAUUGAGUUUCUAGUGUAA